CAUCAACAACAACAGCAGCAACAACAACAACCACAACCACAGAAAACGUUAGGCUCGAGGCAGGGGACGUGGUAGACGCGGAUUGCCAUCAAAUGGUCACUAGUGACUCGACAUAUUUGACGAAGUUCCUAUGGGAACCGAUGCCACCACGAACACAUUCAAUAAAUCAAAUUUAUGAAUUUGCCAAGAAGCAAUGGAAACGGGCCGCGAACGGCAUUCUGCUGAAACACUAUUUUCACAACCAUCGACCGCACAUGUUGGUGUUCGAGGUGGCCUUGGGACCGGUGGUGCAUUUCAUCACCGCUGAUCUGAUUACCGGUUCGUUUUGGUCAAUAAUUUACCCGUUGCUCGACUGCCGAUCAACAUCACGGAUAGUCAACUGCAGCGAUCGAUGGAAAGAGAAGAGGAAAAUUAGCCGCACGUCAAUUGGAAACCGUGUGCACAUCCCGAAUGGCUGUUGUUUGAAAUCGAAAAGAAACCUGAUGAUUCGCCGUGUUCAAGUGGAAAUCGCCAAUCAAAUGAUCAGUCCACCAGACAUUGCCACAAGACAUUCGGUGCAUGCAAUUGAAUAUGGGCGAAGGCAAGACGUCUGUGAUCGUGCCGAUUUUGGCGUCCCAAUUGGCAGACGGUGAGCAGACAUGUCAAAUCACCGUUUUGAAGCCACUGUUCGCUUCGAACCUGAAGUCACUGCGUCGAUAUUUAAGAGGGAUGCUCAACCGAAAAAUAUACAUUUUCCCAUGCCGACGAGAUAUGCCCAUCUCACAGCACGUUCACAAAAUAUUGGGCAUCUACGAAGAGUGUCGAUGUGAACGAGGUGUGAUCCUCACUGUGCCCGAAUAUCGCUUGUCGUUCCAGUUGAAAAUCUACGAAUGCAUCCGAAAGUCAAUGCUGAACCAGACCUUACAGUUCCUAACCGCUCACAAAUGGCUCAAUGACAACGUUCGCAACAUUUUGGACGAAUCAGAUGCCAUCCUACAUCUGAAGUACCAGCUCAUCCACACGGUUGGCGCACAAAUACCUCCUGGUUAGCCGUGCAAUCCGUACUGAAACGCGUUCCAAUUCACAUGACAGCAAUGCAUACAAGCCACGGUCAGAAGACGGUCGAAUUCGAUCGAGACUACGUCAAAAAUGGGUUGGUUUACGGAGCUCCAGAUGUAGAUUUUCGACCAGACGUAUUCACUCCGUGCCGAAUUUUGGACGAAAAGAUUUAUGGGAAGGUGAAAAUGGCGCUGAUCGACGAUUUUCUGCAAGGCGAAAUGGAUAUCGCCUUCCCGGAAAUGACGGCAUUCGCGAAGCAAGCUUUGCGUCGUUUGCUCAGCGAACGGAUCAUCGACAAAGCAACAUUGGACGCAAUCAUCGUGGAUUUUUCCAUGACUGAGCGCAACACCAUAAUGAUACUGAGCGGAUUGCUUCGGUUCGAAGUGUUGAAAUUGGUGCUAACGAAGCGCUGGCGAGUGAACUACGGAGUGAACGAGAAAUCGCAGCACAAAAUGGCUGUGCCAUUCAAAGCGAAGGACGUGGCCGAUAUGACCGAGUUCGGACAUCCAGAUGUGGCUCUGUGUUUCACUUAUUUGAGCUAUUACUACUCUGGUCUGGCCGACGAGCAAUUGCGUAAAACGUUCCACAUUUUAUCCAUUUCUAAAAAUGCGACGGCAAUCUAUGAGAAAUGGAUCGACAGUGUUCCUGUAGAACUGAUCAACAUGCACGUCAUUGACUUCUGGCUGUCGAAUGUUGUUUUUCCGCGUUUGGCACAUCCGGUCACGGGAUUCAGCGGAACCAAUGAUACCAAAAAUAUUCUGCCGCUGCCCAUUGCACAAAAUGAUCUGCGUGAACUCCAGAGCACCAACGAAGAAGUACGGCUGGUACUGUUGCAACAGAAGUACGACCAUCUACCAGCAAACAUCAGUGGAAAGCAAAUCAUCGAAAAGUUGGUGCGAAAUGCCAUACCGGUGGUUCUAGAUGCAGGCGCAUUGAUGUUAGAAUUGAAUAAUCGCGAGGUGGCCACUGAAUGGUUGAAGGCGUCAUCAGACGAGUCGUUUGAUGCAGCCGUUUAUUUCGAUUCGUCCGAUGUUCUUCAAUCGAUCGAUCGCAACGGAACGGUCAAUGAAUUCGACUGCUCGGUUUAUCGUGGUAAUUUUCGUCGAUGUUCGGUCUACUUGGACGACGUUCACACGCGUGGAACCGACCUGAAAUUUCCGCUGGACUGGCAGGCCUGUGUUACAUUGUCUGGAGACAUUACACGCGAUAAAACGGUACAGGCUUCGAUGAGAAUGCGUCAAUUGGGUAAAUGCCAUUCGAUCGUGUUCUGGGCUUCGUACGCGGCCGACGUUCGCAUCAGAUCGAUUUGUAAAUUGAGCUCGAGCAGGAAUUGGAGUGUCAAAUCGAGAAACCACCACCGAUGAGUCCAGCUGCACCACGCUUCGACAAAAUGCUUCGUCGACUGUUCUCGUCAACGGAAAAUGCAACCGUUCCGCAAACCAUGAUCAAGAAGAACCAAUUGAUUCCGUUCCACAGCAGUCUACGCAUCUCACACUCAAUUUUGAAUUAUGCGGCCGAGACCAAAGCCUGGAGCGAUCAUUUAUACGUGACCGAGGACUUCAUGCGUGUUUUGAAACGUGAGCGCGCGUUUAUGGACCAUUCUGAUUGCGACGAGUACCUACGACCGGUCUGGUGGAUUGCUAGAGUCAAUGUAAAAGAUGACUUUUACUUGAUUUUACUCAGCUCGUACGAAUGCGACCAACUGAUGCCAGUAUUCAAAAACAGCAAACGAGCCGCUCUGCACAUGUUUCGACCCAAAUUGAGCAAACAUCAAAGUAAUUUGCUGCACGAAACCAGUUUACAAGUGACUGGAAUGACCGAUUCGCCGAACAUCAGUGCCAACGAU